AUGCUUUUCAGCUCCGACAGAAAGGACCCUUUGGUUGAGCAGCCACCUUAUCCUGGAUACACCUCCAGCUACUGGAACUCCACGGCCCAGUCCAGAGCUCCCUUCCCAAGCCCCUAUCCAGCUGGAGCUGAGUUACAAGGCCAGGGGCUGGAUUCUCCCUACACAAAUGGAGGCUAUGGUACCCAUUACCCCUCGGCUCCUGCACACUAUCCCAGUUUGACACAAUCAAACGCUUACUACUCAUCUGGGCCCCCACAGCCCCCUUACCCUGCAGAAUCUCCAGGCAUGUACAGGUCUCCAUCACCAGCUUCUCACUGGAACUACCCCGCAGCAGACUGCACAGCAGAAAGCUCCUCUCUCAGGAGGCAUGUCCCAGGGUAUUCCCCACCACAGACGCCAGGCAUGGCUGUCCCACACUACUCGUAUGGCGAUGCUAGUCCGGGGAUUCCACCGCAGGGCCCCCCGUCGCAGCCAAGACCCCAGGAGGAGUUGUGGGCUCCCUCAGGAGUCUAUGGGAUGCAGCCGCGUUAUGGCUGGUCAGCUGCUUCAACACAUGGGAACCCGUACGUCUCUGAGUCGCAUCCAUCCUGGCCGGGCAACGGAGUUCCUGCUCCACACCCUCCAGUUCAUGAGACAAAGGAUGCUUAUGACAAACCAGAGCAAGGAACAAGCCAGCACAGCUACUUUGCAGAAGCCAAUCACCAGCACUCUGGGACAAUGAAUGAUCACAAGCCAACCCCCUUCCACUCCAAACCACCCUCUCCAAACCCCAAGGUGCAAUAUAGCGCACAGCCCCAAAUGUAUGACAAUGUACCUAGGAAAGCUGCUGUGACCCAGGAUGCAGGUUUUAAAGCAAGUGACCAGCCUUCUUCAAACUGCCUGAGUGUUCAGCCAGGGAUUCAGCGCAUCAUGCGAGUUAUGGAGGAGGUUGAGCAGUUGGAGCAAGAGGUGGAUGAAUUUGUAGGCAGAAAGACAGACAAGGCUUUCCGGCUGCUGGAAGAGAUGCUGACCAAGGAGCUGCUGGAACUGGAUUCCAUCGAGACGGGUGGCCAGGACAAUGUUCGACAAGCCAGGAAAGAGGCUGUCCACAGAAUCCAGGCCAUCCUGGAAAAACUGGAAAGAAAGGGAUUGUGAAGUGAACAACGUGAGGCUUGCUUUUGAUGGCCCAGAGAAUUCUGGUUUUGUUCACCUGUCUGUCCUUCCUCCUGACUACUGUUGAUAAUAAAAAGCAAUAAAUUCUGACUUCCUUUUUUUUUUCAAAGAGGCCAACAAAUGACAAUUUGGCUGUGGACGAACGAAGAGAGGAUUGACUCAUCAGUUCUGAAUUCAGUCCGUUGUUCCAGACCAAUGAAUGUACAGAGGGCUCUGGAAUCCCGACAUUGCCAAGUGAAGUGGUUUUGUUGUGCCAGGCUCUGAGGUGUCUGCACACUUCUUAGCAGCAGGACAGAACCCCUUUGUGUGGAGCAGAUUUCUCCACACCAGGCGGAAUCUUUAGAGACCACCUGGAGCUACAGUGACUUUUCCAAUAACUAGAAUACUUAUCAAGUUUUGAGUUACAAAGGCAUUGCAGCACACAGCAAGGAGAACAAGACAUGAGGUUUGCGGACCACUAUAUUUGUGUGUAUUUUCUGCUGCUUAACCUUAGCCAUACUGGUUGUGUAUUCUUCUUCUGUGUCUUUGGUGCACUCUGUCAUAACGUUGAAGCACUGGUGGAAGAGAUCAAACAGACAGCCAGAUUAAUAUGGUGACUACAGUGAAUGUGAUUUCACGCUGUUUCACUCUGGUGUCUGAUAUGGAGGAAAAUGAUAAGGAACACAUUUGGGAGCUUUUGAACAAUGCAGAGGAAAGAUUUGAAUGUCAUCAUGGAACAGUUAUAAGUGAGGCAUUUGGACAAGAUUUUUCAGGGCAUUUGGGUAAAAAUCCACUUUCUAACUGUAGUGUCCUUUCACAUACUGCACUCUUGUUUUUCACUACGAUUUGCCUACUUGGUGAUUCUGUACAAUACACUGUGGAGGGGAGAUGUCAAAUAGCUACCAUCCACCCUUGGAAUACAAUUCAUGAAGAGUCAUUUCUGUGUAUGAUGAGGUAAUAAACCCUGGCAAGUUUUAAAAAAUA